AAGGCGGUGGGGCUGGGUGCGGUGAGGCGCGCAGAUCACCGCGGUUCCUGGGCAGGGCACCGAAGACUGAGCCAGGCUGACCUGCUGGAGCUCCCGCCUCGCGCGCUCGCCCCACUCCGCCGUCGCCCGAGCGCUCGAGAAAGCCUUCUCGGGAGAAGCAGCGCCUGUUCCCCGGGGCACAUCCAGGUUCAGGUCCUGGCCGUGAGUCACCAUGGCGCAGCAAGCUGCUGAUAAGUAUCUCUAUGUGGAUAAAAAUGUCAUCAAUAACCCCUUGGCCCAGGCUGACUGGGCCGCCAAGAAGCUGGUAUGGGUGCCUUCCGACAAGAAUGGCUUUGAGCCCGCCAGCCUCAAGGAAGAGGUGGGUGAGGAGGCCAUCGUGGAGCUGGUGGAGAACGGGAAGAAGGUGAAGGUGAACAAGGAUGACAUCCAGAAGAUGAACCCGCCCAAGUUCACCAAGGUGGAGGACAUGGCGGAGCUCACGUGCCUCAACGAAGCCUCCGUGCUGCACAACCUCAAGGAGCGCUACUACUCGGGGCUCAUCUACACCUAUUCGGGCCUGUUCUGUGUGGUCAUCAAUCCUUACAAGAACCUGCCCAUCUACUCUGAAGAGAUCGUGGACAUGUACAAGGGCAAGAAGAGGCACGAGAUGCCCCCGCACAUCUACGCCAUCACAGACACCGCCUACAGGAGUAUGAUGCAAGACCGAGAGGACCAGUCCAUUUUGUGCACGGGUGAGUCUGGAGCCGGCAAGACCGAGAACACCAAGAAAGUCAUUCAGUACCUGGCUCACGUGGCCUCCUCACACAAGAGCAAGAAGGACCAGGGCGAGCUGGAGCGGCAGCUGCUGCAGGCCAACCCCAUCCUGGAGGCCUUCGGGAACGCCAAGACCGUGAAGAACGACAACUCCUCGCGAUUCGGCAAAUUCAUUCGCAUCAACUUCGACGUCAAUGGCUACAUCGUGGGAGCCAAUAUUGAGACUUAUCUCUUGGAGAAAUCUCGUGCCAUCCGCCAAGCCAAGGAUGAGCGGACCUUCCACAUCUUCUACUAUCUCCUGUCCGGGGCUGGAGAGCACCUGAAGACGGAUCUCCUGCUGGAGCCAUACAACAAAUACCGCUUCCUGUCCAAUGGGCACGUCACCAUUCCUGGUCAGCAGGACAAGGACAUGUUCCAGGAGACCAUGGAGGCCAUGAGGAUUAUGGGCAUCCCAGAAGAGGAGCAAAUAGGCUUGCUGCGGGUCAUCUCGGGGGUUCUUCAGCUCGGCAACAUCGUCUUCAAGAAGGAGCGUAACACCGACCAGGCGUCCAUGCCCGACAAUACAGCUGCCCAAAAAGUAUCCCACCUCUUGGGUAUCAAUGUGACCGAUUUCACCAGAGGAAUCCUCACGCCUCGCAUCAAGGUGGGGCGGGAUUAUGUCCAGAAGGCGCAGACCAAGGAACAGGCUGACUUUGCCAUCGAGGCCUUGGCCAAGGCCACCUACGAGCGCAUGUUCCGCUGGCUGGUGCUGCGCAUCAACAAGGCUCUGGACAAGACCAAGCGGCAGGGCGCCUCGUUCAUCGGGAUCCUGGACAUCGCCGGCUUCGAGAUCUUCGACCUGAACUCCUUCGAGCAGCUGUGCAUCAACUACACCAACGAGAAGCUGCAGCAGCUCUUCAACCACACCAUGUUCAUCCUGGAGCAGGAGGAGUACCAGCGCGAGGGCAUCGAGUGGAACUUCAUCGACUUCGGCCUGGACCUGCAGCCCUGCAUCGACCUCAUCGAGAAGCCAGCAGGCCCCCCCGGCAUCCUGGCCCUGCUGGAUGAGGAGUGCUGGUUCCCCAAAGCCACUGACAAGAGCUUCGUAGAGAAGGUGGUGCAGGAGCAGGGCACCCACCCCAAGUUCCAGAAGCCCAAGCAGCUGAAGGACAAAGCCGAUUUCUGCAUCAUGCACUAUGCGGGCAAGGUGGAUUACAAAGCCGAUGAGUGGCUGAUGAAGAACAUGGACCCCCUGAACGACAACAUCGCCACGCUUCUGCACCAGUCCUCUGACAAGUUUGUCUCAGAGCUGUGGAAGGAUGUGGACCGCAUCAUCGGCCUGGACCAGGUGGCUGGCAUGUCGGAGACGGCGCUGCCCGGGGCCUUCAAGACGCGGAAGGGCAUGUUCCGCACCGUGGGGCAGCUCUACAAGGAGCAGCUGGCCAAGCUGAUGGCCACGCUGAGGAACACCAACCCCAACUUUGUCCGCUGCAUCAUCCCCAACCACGAGAAGAAGUCUGGCAAACUGGAUCCCCAUCUGGUGCUGGACCAGCUGCGCUGCAACGGGGUUCUUGAGGGCAUUCGGAUCUGCCGCCAGGGCUUCCCCAACCGGGUGGUCUUCCAGGAGUUCCGGCAGAGAUACGAAAUCCUGACGCCCAACUCCAUCCCCAAGGGCUUCAUGGAUGGGAAGCAGGCGUGUGUGCUCAUGAUCAAAGCCUUGGAGCUCGACAGCAACCUCUACCGCAUCGGCCAGAGCAAGGUCUUCUUCCGGGCCGGCGUGCUGGCCCACCUGGAGGAGGAGAGGGACCUGAAGAUCACCGACGUCAUCAUCGGGUUCCAGGCCUGCUGUAGGGGCUACCUGGCCAGGAAGGCCUUUGCCAAGCGGCAGCAGCAGCUGACGGCCAUGAAGGUCCUGCAGAGGAACUGCGCCGCCUACCUCAAGCUGCGCAACUGGCAGUGGUGGCGUCUCUUCACCAAGGUCAAACCGCUGCUGCAGGUGAGCCGCCAGGAAGAGGAGAUGAUGGCCAAGGAGGAGGAGCUGGUGAAGGUCCGAGAGAAGCAGCUGGCUGCGGAGAACAGGCUGGUGGAAAUGGAGACCCUCCAGUCGCAGCUCAUGGCAGAGAAGUUGCAGCUGCAGGAGCAGCUCCAGGCGGAAACAGAACUGUGUGCUGAGGCUGAGGAGCUCCGGGCCCGCCUGACGGCCAAGAAGCAGGAGCUGGAGGAGAUUUGCCACGACCUUGAGGCCAGGGUGGAGGAGGAGGAGGAGCGCUGUCAGCACCUGCAGACGGAGAAGAAGAAAAUGCAGCAAAACAUCCAGGAACUGGAGGAGCAGCUGGAGGAGGAGGAGAGCGCCCGCCAGAAGCUGCAGCUGGAGAAGGUGACCACCGAGGCCAAGCUGAAGAAGCUGGAGGAAGACCAGAUCAUCUUGGAAGAUCAGAACUGCAAGCUGGCCAAGGAGAAGAAGCUGUUGGAAGACAGGAUAGCUGAGUUCACCACCAACCUCACGGAAGAGGAGGAGAAAUCGAAGAGCCUGGCCAAGCUCAAGAACAAACACGAGGCCAUGAUCACUGACCUGGAGGAGCGCCUCCGAAGAGAGGAGAAGCAGCGCCAGGAGCUGGAGAAGACCCGCCGGAAGCUGGAGGGAGACUCCACAGACCUCAACGACCAGAUCGCCGAGCUCCAGGCCCAGAUCGCCGAGCUCAAGAUGCAGCUGGCCAAGAAAGAGGAGGAGCUUCAGGCCGCCCUGGCCAGAGUGGAGGAAGAAGCCACCCAGAAGAACAUGGCCCUGAAGAAGAUCCGCGAGCUGGAGUCUCAGAUCUCUGAACUGCAGGAAGACCUGGAGUCCGAGCGAGCCUCUCGGAACAAGGCUGAGAAGCAGAAGCGGGACCUCGGGGAAGAGCUGGAGGCUCUGAAGACCGAGCUGGAGGACACCCUGGACUCCACGGCUGCCCAGCAGGAGCUCAGGUCCAAACGUGAGCAGGAAGUGAAUAUCCUAAAGAAGACCCUCGAGGAAGAGGCCAAGACGCACGAGGCCCAGAUCCAGGAGAUGAGGCAGAAGCACUCCCAGGCCGUGGAGGAGCUGGCCGAGCAGCUGGAGCAGACGAAACGGGUGAAAGCCAACCUGGAGAAGGCCAAGCAGACCUUGGAGAAUGAGCGAGGGGAGCUGGCCAAUGAGGUGAAGGUCCUGCUGCAGGGCAAAGGGGACUCAGAGCACAAGCGGAAGAAAGUGGAGGCCCAGCUGCAGGAGCUGCAGGUGAAGUUCAACGAGGGAGAGCGAGUGCGCACGGAGCUGGCUGACAAGGUCACCAAGCUGCAGGUUGAGCUGGACAACGUGACGGGUCUGCUGAGCCAAUCUGACAGCAAGUCCAGCAAGCUCACCAAGGACUUCUCCACUCUGGAGUCGCAGCUGCAGGACACACAGGAGCUGCUGCAAGAAGAGAACCGGCAGAAGCUGGGCCUGAGCACCAAGCUGAAGCAGGUGGAAGAUGAGAAGAAUUCCCUGAAGGAGCAGCUGGAGGAGGAGGAGGAGGCCAAGCACAACCUGGAGAAGCAGAUUGCCACCCUGCACGCCCAGGUGAGCGACAUGAAGAAGAAGAUGGAAGAUGGCGUGGGGUGUCUCGAGACUGUGGAGGAAGCCAAGAGGAAGCUCCAGAAGGACCUGGAGGGGCUGAGCCAGCGCUAUGAGGAGAAGGUGGCCGCCUACGACAAGCUGGAGAAGACCAAGACACGGCUGCAGCAGGAGCUGGAUGACCUGCUCGUGGACCUGGACCACCAGCGGCAGAGCGUCUCCAACCUGGAGAAGAAGCAGAAGAAGUUUGACCAGCUCCUGGCCGAGGAGAAGACCAUCUCAGCCAAGUAUGCGGAGGAGCGGGACCGGGCUGAGGCAGAAGCCCGUGAGAAGGAGACCAAGGCGCUGUCACUGGCCCGGGCCCUGGAGGAGGCCAUGGAGCAGAAGGCAGAGCUGGAGCGGCUCAACAAGCAGUUCCGCACGGAGAUGGAGGACCUCAUGAGCUCCAAGGACGACGUGGGCAAGAGUGUCCAUGAGCUGGAGAAGUCGAAGCGGGCCCUGGAGCAGCAAGUCGAAGAGAUGAAGACCCAGCUCGAGGAGCUGGAGGAUGAGCUUCAGGCCACCGAGGAUGCCAAGCUUCGGCUGGAAGUGAACCUGCAGGCCAUGAGAGCCCAGUUCGAGCGGGACCUGCAGGGCCGGGAUGAGCAGAGUGAGGAGAAGAAGAAGCAGCUGGUCAGACAGGUGCGGGAGAUGGAGGCAGAGCUGGAGGAUGAGAGGAAGCAGCGCUCUAUGGCCAUGGCCGCUCGGAAGAAGCUGGAGAUGGACCUGAAGGACCUGGAGGCCCAGAUCGACACUGCCAACAAGAACCGCGACGAAGCCAUCAAACAGCUACGGAAGCUGCAGGCCCAGAUGAAGGACUACAUGCGUGAGCUGGACGACACACGUGCGUCCCGCGAGGAGAUCCUGGCGCAGGCCAAGGAGAACGAGAAGAAGCUGAAGAGCAUGGAGGCCGAGAUGAUUCAGCUGCAGGAGGAACUGGCAGCUGCCGAGCGUGCCAAGCGUCAGGCCCAGCAGGAGCGGGAUGAGCUGGCUGAUGAGAUUGCCAACAGCAGGGGAAAGGGUGAGCAGAGGCGGGUGGCCCUGGCAUUGGAGGAGAAGAGGCGCCUGGAGGCCCGCAUCGCCCAGCUGGAGGAGGAGCUGGAGGAGGAGCAGGGCAACACGGAGCUGGUGAACGACAGGCUGAAGAAGGCCAACCUGCAGAUUGACCAGAUCAACACUGACCUGAACCUGGAGCGCAGCCACGCUCAGAAGAACGAGAACGCCAGGCAGCAGCUGGAGCGCCAGAACAAGGAGCUCAAGGUCAAGCUGCAGGAGAUGGAGGGCACUGUCAAGUCCAAGUACAAGGCCUCCAUCACUGCCCUGGAGGCCAAGAUCGCACAACUGGAAGAGCAGCUGGACAACGAGACCAAGGAGCGCCAGGCGGCGUGCAAGCAGGUGCGUCGGGCUGAGAAGAAGCUGAAGGACGUGUUGCUGCAGGUGGAUGACGAGCGCAGGAAUGCAGAGCAGUUCAAGGACCAGGCUGACAAGGCAUCCACCCGCCUGAAGCAGUUAAAGCGGCAGCUGGAGGAGGCUGAGGAGGAGGCCCAGAGGGCCAAUGCCUCCCGCAGGAAGCUGCAGCGCGAGCUGGAGGACGCCACCGAGACCGCCGACGCCAUGAACCGUGAGGUCAGCUCCCUGAAGAACAAGCUCAGGCGUGGAGACCUGCCAUUUGUCGUACCCCGCCGAAUGGCCCGGAAAGGUGCUGGUGAAUGCUCAGAUGAGGAGGUGGAUGGCAAAGCCGAUGGGGCUGAAGCCAAAGCUGCCGAAUAACCUCUCCUCCUGGUGCCGAAGAUGGACAGAUAGACCGACCUACGACCAAGGGAUGACUCCGCCGCCCCUUCCCAGCCCCCCACCCUCUUGGGACUGCUGUGACCAAACUCUCAGCCCCGCCCACCAGGCCUGGGGACCUCAGGCCUGUGCUCCCUUCCCCGGCCCCCCAGGCCCUGUUGAGGGCCUUCGGCUUCUCUGCUGCAGCCUCUCCUGCUCCCCUCCCCUGCACCCCAGAAUCCAAUACCAAAGAGUCGGGGUCCUGGGCCCCGGGCUCAGGAACUCAGGGCCUGCCGGACCUUCGGCCUUCUCUUGCCAAAAGCACAAGGCUGUGAGGCGAGAAGGAAGGCCACCGGGGCGGGCCAGAGAGUUUUCUACACGUCUAUUUUUAUUCACCCUCAGGAGUUUUGGGAGCCCAGCACCCCAGAUAUGUGGCCACCUUCCCGCCUCCACCACCGGCUCUUCCCCCACCCCCGUCUUUGCUGUUGGCAAUCACACGCGGUGACCUCACACCCUCUGCCCCAGCAGCCCCCUCCCGUGGGCUCUGGGUGGCCUGGCGAGGGCAGGCCCAGGGGCGCCCCCUCUGUGCAGGGCACAGAAUGCCAGGCGUGGGCAGGGAGGCACCUCCUCCCCAAUCACACUGGGCAGCGCCCCAUCCCCUUCCCGAUCCUAAGAUGUCUCAAGUGCAAUGAUGACCCCAUCCCUCCUUUGCCGAGGGCAGCCAGCCCUGUCACCAGACGGUCCUUGGGCCGAGCAGACGGGGAGGGCCUAGGGGCCAAGCUGGAAAGGCCAGCAGUGUCUUCUCCCAAAACUCUUGGGGACCAAAUACACAUAGUGGUUAAGGGACUUGUCCCAAGUCUGUCAGCCAGCGCACCAGACAGGCCAGAGGCCCGCCCACACCACCCUGCACCUGCUCCAGGACUGGGGCCCGGUGGUUUGUCUGCACCGUUGACUCAGGAUCGUGGAAGAGCUCGCCACCUGCACAGAUGUUUUUUGGAAAGGAGGAAAAAAAAGGUUUUCUCUCUUCCCCCUUCUUGUGAUAAUUGAUGAAACCCCCAGUCUUUGUCACUGCCUUCCUCCGGAACCACGUUUAGAAGAGAGUAGCGUGCCCUGCACUGGUCUACACUGGUUGCUGAAUUUCCCUGUAUUCCCAACUGUUCUGUAUAUGCUGCAUGUAGACUUACUCACGGCAAAGAAGGCAUUCUUUUUAAGGAAAACAAACUCAACGAAUCAUGAAGCUGAAUACAAGCUGCACGUGCCUCCAGAGCUCUGAUCCGGGUCCCAGUUGCUGUCACAAAGGAGCGAAUUGCGCUCCCAGCCCCGCCCUGUUUCAUAGAAUAAAAGUGCCUUAGCGUGUGUUGCAGCCGUCACCACCACAGGAAGCUGGUUUACCGUGUUUCCCACUGGGCGUCACAAUAAAGAGUACCACGUGCCCCGC